UCGGCGGGGGCGGGAGCGGUGCCGGCGCCAUUUUGUCGUGGGGCGGCUGAGGGAGAAGCGGCGGCGGCGGCGGGAGCGGGCGGAGCUCAGCGCCAGCCCCGGCCCUGGCCCCGGCCCCGCGCCGGCCCCGCACUCACCCACCCAACCGCCGGAGCUACCGGAGACCUGGCGACCGUGUGCUUCGAUUCUCUGAAGAUGGCUGCACAGUCAGCACCGAAGGUCGUGCUAAAGAGCACCACCAAGAUGUCUCUGAACGAGCGCUUCACUAACAUGCUGAAGAACAAACAGCCGAUGCCGGUGAAUAUCCGGGCCACCAUGCAGCAGCAGCAGCUGGCCAGCGCCCGAAACAGACGGCUGGCCCAACAGAUGGAGAACAGACCGUCUGUGCAGGCCGCUCUGAAACUCAAACAGAAGAGCUUGAAGCAACGCCUCGGGAAGAGCAACAUCCAGGCACGGCUGGGCCGGCCAGCGGGAACGCUGGCCCGAGGAGCCCUGGGGAGCCGGGGGCUGGCCCUGGGCCAGCGGGGGAUGCCCCGGGGAGCCCUGCGAGGCCGCGGGGCCCGGGCCAUGCUCCGAGGAGGGGUCACGCUCCGAGGUCAAGCCCUGCUGCGAGGCGGGAGAGGGAUUGCCCCCAGGAUGGGCCUGCGGAGAGGAGGGAUCAGGGGCCGCGGGGGCCCGGGAAGAGGCGGCCUGGGCCGGGGAGCCAUGGGCCGGGGAGGGAUCGGCGGCAGAGAAGGACUCGGGAACACCCCGUGCAUAUCCCGGGAUGGCGGCAGUGACGUUUUUCCCGGUGUUCUCCAUCCGGGCAGGUCGCGGCAUGGCCGGGCGGGGCCGGGGCGGGUUCGGAGGGCGCGGCAGAGGCCGGGGCCGCGGCAGAGGCUCGGCACGGCCGGCUCUCACCAAGGAGCAGCUGGAUAACCAGCUGGACGCCUACAUGUCCAAAACCAAGGGACACCUGGACGCCGAGCUGGACGCGUACAUGGCACAGACAGAUCCCGAAGCCACCGACUGAGGGGCCGGGACUACCGGGGGAGGGAGGGGCUCAUCCCAUGGGGAGCUGCCUUGGGAAUCCCCGAUGGGAAAUUCAGGUUUAGUGUGUUCUUCGAUGUUUUGAUACUCUCUGUUGUAUUAAACUUUUUUUGGAUUGUU